AUGGCAGCAAGCUUGCAGGGACACCAGGUCCAUCCUAAUGGACGAACGUGGAAGACUCAUUUUCCUAAAGGGGAUCUCUGGGUAUUUGGAUACGGGAGCUUAAUUUGGAAGCCACCCCCACACUACGGUAAGAUCAUGAUCUCUACACUUGAAUCGGGGUUGAAUCCCAAGAAUAAACCGGAAAGCAACUUGAAUUUCCCCGGGAACCCAAAAACAGCAAUCACCACCCGGAACAAGCCAGCUGACAAUAGCCGUGGCGUUUUUAAUCAGGCUAGUACCGAUCACCGCGGAACUCCCGAGCAACCAGGUCGAGUAGUCACGGUUAUUGAGCGGGAGUUUUGGAAAACGCUAGAUGAUCCGCUCGCAAAAACCGAAUCCGAAUCAGCAUCCACAAAGGUAUGGGGCGCAGCAUAUCAUAUCCCCGCUUCGCAUGCAGAAGAAGUACAUGAUUACCUCGACGAGCGAGAAGUAGACGGAUACAGUGCCCAUUUCACACCCUUUUACCCCGUCUCAGCAUCUGGAUCUGAAUCUGGACCAGAAACCAUCACAGACCUUUCUGUCUCUGCUCAAUCAUCAACUUGCAUGGUGUAUAUUGGACAGCCUAGCAAUCCGCAAUUCCUGCGUGAAUAUGCUCGUCGCGAGCCGCAGGAUGUGGCGCAGGUAAUCAGUGCGGGGCAUGGAGCUAGCGGGAAGAACACGGAGUAUCUUUUCUUAUUGGAGAAGGCGCUUGAGGGGAUUGGGCUUGGGAGUGCGGAUGUGCAUGUUACGGAUCUUGUGAGGAGGGUCAAGGGGAUUGAGGCUAGGAGUUUAGCUGAGAGGGAGGAGGAGGAGGCGGAGAGGGAGGUUGAGAGGAAUUUGGCUGGGGAGCCUGAGGGGGAGAGAAGGGGGUCUAUUGAGUAG